AUGCUCAAUAAUUUAACGCGUAAUGAAGUGAGUAUCAAUAGCAUUGUAUCACAACCCAGCACCUCAACUACGACAACUUUAGCAAUCAAUAAUCAACAACCAUCUGGUUUUAGAUACCAACCGAAUAAUACCGUACUUUCUACCUCCUUACCAUCCAAUAUAAGUCAGCACACCCAACCUCUUGAAUUCGUAUUAACUCCCUCUUCUCUAUCUACACCUUCUUUGCGCAGUAUCGAAAAGGACAUCGACCAAGUAAUUCAACACUGUAAUAGUUUAGCAGAUAAUAUGAACCAAAAGAAGAGCUCGAUGAUGGAUGAGAAUUAUUUCAGUAACCCGACCUCUAUGCGACCAUGGUUAGACGAUAUGAUUGGCAGAGCCAAUGAAGUGCUUAAUGCAUUACUUCGAUUGAGAAAACAUCAAUUGGCCGCUGAAUAUGCUGGAGUACAUAGAGUUUCAGAUCAGCAGCAUCUCCAACAGCAUCAGCAACGACGUGGUGCAGAGGGCGACGAAAGCUGGGAAACAUCACUGUCAUCUUCCAAACGACCUGUUUUUCAAAAUAGAUGCCAUAGUUGUCAUAUAAGCGAGACGCCGGAAUGGAGAAGGGGGCCUGACGGGGCCCGAACACUUUGCAAUGCAUGCGGUUUACAUUACGCGAAACUAGCAAAGAAAAAAGUAAAACAAGAUGUAGUGAAAAAGGAAGAAGAUAGAGAUGACACAAGUAUGAAGUAAUGUGUCCUUCGUAUUUUUCCCUCCCAUCUAUAUAAAAAUAUAUAUUCUAUACACAUCCCACCUAUAUUUCGAUUUUAUUCUUGUUUGUGUAACAUGAAGCCAGAGUUUAUGCUUGUCAGUCAUCAACCCUGAGCUAUUUAUAAAUUCCCACUAGCCAAUCAAAAGUCACUUUCAUAAAGAUUAAGUGGCUUUGUUUUUUCAUUUGUAAUUUUAGUUUAAAAAAAAGAGACAUUUUUAGUCAGAUCGCAUAACAUCAAACAUAGCACGCUGAUUAAAAGGUGUGAUAUGGUGACUCCAGCGUGAAUCGUCAUGUCACCCAGGAAAUACGAAAUAUUUCUAGGAUGGUUGAUCGUUUACAGAGUCUGGAAAGCUUUCAUCAUACAUUCCAUUGUCAGGAAGAUUUGUC